AUGCUCUCCCUCAAGGACAUCCCCUCAGAGGUCAUACUCGAGCACCUCCUGCCCGUCUUGCCCCUCAGAGACAUCGCCAGUCUCUCGGCAGUCUCCCACUUCUUUCGUAACGUAUCACGUGACCCCGCAUUCUGGAGACUCAAGUCUACCAGCGAUUUUUCCUUCUCCCCAGCAUCGCACCCUCCUGCCCCAUCACCAGACUGGUGGCGGCGUGUUUAUCUCGGCCUUUUGAACCCUCGGGCAUACGUCUGGGGCACUUCUACGAAUGGACGUCUUGGCGGUGCAGAGAACGGCCAAGGCGUGCGAGGCAACGGUCCACAUGUUUAUGAGCCGGCCGAGAUCGCAUGGGACCGAACAUCGCAACAAGUGACCGGCGGGGAUAGCUUGGCCGCUGAUCCGUCCAGCAAGGAUGAAUCAAAGGUGUCCGGCGUGGUGGAGCUUCAGGCUGCAGGGUGGAGCUUCACUGCUAGGUGUAGUGAUGGAUCGGUGUGGGUAUGGGGACAAAUGGACGGUACGGGCUUCGCAUUCAGACCCUUUGGCUGGGAGAAUAAACACGCCAUCAUCCGAUCACCUACAGUGGUUCCCUUACCCUGCAAAGCUGAAGCAAUCAGCACUGGACGAUGUCAUCUGCUCGUUUUGGACGCAGACAAUCUCAUCUGGGAGCUUCGUUCUUGGGGCAGAGCGUAUCACCACACAGCCCCAGCUCUCACCGCCCCUGUCAACCAUGGCUCUAAUAGUCAUCCGCCGCAUAUCGUGCAGCUCUCAGCGGGGUGGCAGCACUCUGCUGCCCUGUCGUCCAAGGGGACCAUACACGUAUGGUACCCGUUCACGCCGGCGUACAGGGAAAGCCUCUCCGCAGACGAUGACCUGAACGGUCCCAUCAAACCUCCAAACAAUGACGGCGGCGAUGACGACGAUGAUGAUGAAAGAGCCUUGAGAUGGGGUAAAGUUGGCCCUGACGUCGUUCAUGAGCUCCCGUCUAUCCCCGACAGGCCGGGGCUCGACGAAGAGGAUGACAAACGCUCUGAAUACGGAGGCAGAGACAGGGGAGGUCAUACCAGCCAAGAGCUCCGAGCUCUGUGGUCCGAGUACGAGUCGACUACCUCCCGAAACUCUCAAGAUGACCAGCGAGUGGUCAAGCUCGCAAGUGGUGCCGACUUUUUGUUGGCCCUGAAGGCAAAUGGCGAGGUUUGGCACAUCUCUUUGAAGCAAGACCAGCCAUUGAGAUGGCGUUAUCUCCCAUACUUUUCCUCACCGUCCAUCACCCACAUUACCGCCCAAUUCCAAAGCAUCACCUCGUACGCCACCCCGACGUUCACCAGCGACACGUCAGCACUCUGCCAUACUCGCCUCGAAGAUGAUGUUCCUGUCUCUGAAAACCCCGAUAUUCUGCUCCAUCGUCCCGAUGCUUUACCGAUCCUGCAAGACAAGCAGAUCAUUCAAGUAGCAUCAGGAGACUAUCACUAUGCUGCUCUGACUAGCAAAGGAGAGAUGUACACUUGGGGUAAAGGGAACAACGGCCAACUCGGGCUCGGCGAUCUGGGAGGCAAGGGAGAAGAGGUCCCACCUACCAAAGUCGAAUUCGAUCACGACGAAGACGAUGACGAUGACGAGGGCGUGUUCGUCUUUGCCAUUACGGCUGCUGGGUGGCACACAGGAGCCCUCGUGCUUGGCAAUCUCGACUCGACCAAGAGCCAAAGAGCCAAGGUCAAUACGUCCGAUAAGAAAGCAGUCAAGGCUGCGGAGCAUGGUCCCAGUACAGACGUCUGGCGAGGACCCGAGAUUAGACACUUGCCGCUUCCUCGAGGCAGAGCUGGGUUCCGAGGUAGGAUCGGGUAUGCCGGACGAGGACUGUUCCAGGGCAUACGUGGAGGACAUGCUCCAGCAGCAGGAGGUGGGCAUGGCAUUGCUGGCCAGGAAGAGUCGCAAGCGGGGGGUGGAGAGGCUUCCUCUGGUCAAGACUCGUCUGGUGGGGCAGAAGAGACGACUGGCGAAGGGAGUCAGCAAGUUGCUGGUACUAGUGCAGGCGGGGUCGAGGGUCAAGAGUCUCAGCAGAUGAGCAGCAACAACCACCCCCUGCAGCAACCAUCUCACCGUGGUCUGAGGGGACUACCCCACUUCAGAGUCGGUCUUGCAGGAAGGCCUGGUAAUCUGGCUAGGGGUGGCGGAGAGAAUAACAAUGGGGUGGGAUUCAACCCGGAUGGCCCAGAGUGA